CAUUAUUGCCUCACAGCACGGAGAAAGUGAAACUAAAGUUUGUUCGUGGUCGGAGAGAGUUCACCUGGAUCGUAUAUUUCUUUCACUUAAUCUUUGACAUAAUGUGACAUGAGCUCGCUGAGAUCCACUGUGCCUGUUCUUCAUCCAGAGAUCAUGAUGAAGUUCUUUAUUGUGGCUUUGCUGUCUUCUCUCCCUGCGGUGGGGGUUACAGCAGACUCUGCGAUAUUUUGCUCUCCCAAGCCAGCAACAGCAGAACAUUGUGAGGAUGUGACUCUGCAGUGCCACCUUGAUCCCCCUCAAGAUGCGACUAAUAUGAUGGUGGAGUGGCGUCAUGGACACAAUAAUGACAUUGUGCACCUGUAUCGAGACAGAAAAGACAAUCCUGCUGAGCAGAAGGAGCCCUUUGAAGGGCGAACUUCUCUCUUUCGUGAGGGGCUGACCAAAGGAAACCUGUCACUGAAACUCUCCACUGUAGCCCUCUCUGAUGCUGGAAGAUACAGAUGUUCCAUUCACACUGACAAACUGCAGAAGAGUUGUUAUGUUAACCUCACUGUUGGAGAGUCUAAAGUGAUUGGCUCACAUGACCCAGUUACAGUAAGAGUCGGUUAUGACGUCAUCCUGCCAUGUCACCUGGAACCUCCAUUCGACGUGAGGACUCUAACAGUGAAGUGGACACGAAAUAAAACAGUUGUGCACGUCAGUCGACAUGGGAAUGACUAUCUAAAUGAUCAGGAUGAGAACUUCAGAAAUAGAACAUCUCUCUUCCAUGAAGAAAUGAUCAAUGGAAACAUUUCACUAAAACUGAUCAACGUAACUGAACUGGAUGCUGGAAGUUACACCUGCAAUGUUCCCUGUCUGCAAAGUCAGGUCAGGAGAGGCUUCAUUAACCUCACUGUUGAGCCAGCGGACCAGACAGAAACCAAACAAAAAAAAAAGUCAGGGGAUGCUGGUGGUGGCACUGAUUUUAGCACUGGUGCUAUAACUGGCAUUGUUGUUGGUGUCAUUGCUGUCAUUGUUGCAGUUGUUGUAUUGUGGAUGAAUCGUAGAAAGAUCACGACGGACUGUGCAAGACCAAACACGACAGGACACAACGGGCAGAACAGGGAAGGUAGUCAGGAGGACAAUGCAGAGGACAAUGCAGAGGACAAUGCAGAGGACAAUGCUGAAGACAAUGCAGAGGACAAUGCUGAGGGUAACAAUGCUGAGGACAGAGAUGAGGGUAAUGGUGAGAAUAUAGGUAUGCUCAACUUAAGAAAUGUCAACUAGCAUUUGAUGAUGACUCUUGAUUCUUUGACUCAGAUACUGAAUGAAAGAAAGGCUUUUCUAAGCUGUAAUUAUUUCAGCAAAAUCUACUUAAAGUAUCAGAUGUAGAGACCAACGUCUCAUUGUGCAGUAAAAUGGUCCCUGUCAGUGUUUUACUGUUAUAUCUGAUGUUUGGCAUUAAUAUUACUGCUGCAUUAAUGUGUCUGUUGCAUUGUAACUCUUUAUACACUGUCUCCGUCCCGUGAGAACCACGUAUCUGUAAAACGACCAAACACCAGCCUGGUUUCAGCGUUGUGACGACACAUUUUACAGAUAAUCCAAGAGGGUUUUUUAAUUAUUUUUAAUUUAAUUUAUUUUUUAAUUAUUCUCAUCGAGGAACACUUCCUCUUCCAGUUCAUCACAAACAUUCAACAUCAACACAGCUGGAGAUAUGCGGUUUUCAUUGCACAGGAAGGUAUUAAAAGCUGUAUGAGAUGUAGAAGAUGAGAAGUUGUAUAAAAAUAAAAGUAAAAUUGCACUGAAGUUCAGUAUUUGAGUGCACACAGACAACAAGCAACUGACCUGUGAUAACUGUCAGUAUGUGUAAGAUAUUACAGGAUAGACAUUACAUUUUAUACUUUAAUUGAGUUUUUUAUUUUUUUUAUUUUUACACAAAUAUCUGUAUUUUCUACUCCUCCAGCUUUAAUGCAUUUGAAGGGAGCUAUUGAUUAUUAUUAUUAUUUGCGUCAUUGGAUAUCUUCCCAACAUCAAGACAAAACAGAGGAGAGAGGGAAAUCGUUUUACUCUCUUUACUAUAUCUUUACUUUUAUACUGUGAGUCCAUUUUCAGUACCAGAAUUAGUACUUUUAGUGUUUUUUAUCUGUACGAAUAAAGAAUUAUGUACUUUUGCUGAAUGAGGGUCACACAGAGCAGAGUUAUGUGUAAUGUUUGAAGAAACACUUGAGCAAAUACAGACAAGUUCAACCAUUUCAUCCAGAACUUCUUUCCAUGUGAAUGUUGAUUGUGUAAUAUUCUUGAUUAAAAUGCAGCUGCAGGGAAUUGUUCAGAAGUUCUUCCUGAUGUGUUGAUUGUAUAAACCACUGCAGGGACAGAGUUGGUGUCUCAGGACCUGGUUUUAACUAGAAUAAGUCUUAUCUGUCUAAUUGAACCUUCUCAUUGUCAGUUUCCAGCUCCCUCUAGGGACUUGUUACUGUAUAGGAUUGAUUUACCAGAGAGAGAAAUAAAAAGCUUUUUUACUUAAUUUUGUGUUUUUGCUUAUGUUAUCUUGUUUUUACUGCCCUGUGAAGAACUAACAUCUAUUUUAAUACACAUUGUACUACUACUAGACUGCAUUUUAUAUACAGUAUAUUGUUCUUAUUCAACCUUUUGACCAAAAUCACUUAUAACAGCUGUCAGUUCUGUAAACUGUGAAUCAUCUGGACACUAGGAGGCUGAAACUGUGAUUGUUGUUUGUUAAUAAAAAUGUUUUUAACUUGUA